AAACGUCGUUAUAACAGACAGACAUGGCCUUCCGAUUCAGAUCUAUCUUCUCCGCCACGCCUAAACUCCAUUCCUCUAAAAGGAAGAGCACACGAAGCUUAUACUGACGCUAUGUUCUUCGUUCCGUGCCGACAAGGGUGAGGGCCAAGGCAUUCGGUGCGAGGAUUUCCAUGGAAGAGGAGGAGGCGGCCCCCGCUUUCGGCCCCGGCACGCCGCUGUCUACGGUGGCGGAUGCGUUCGAGCGUCUUACCGCGGAGUUGAACACCAAGGAAUUUUGUAAUGUUAAAUUGAAACCUUUCUGUGAGGCGUGCUCUCUCGUUUCUGUCCUUUUUGGUUGUUUAGGGAUCGCCUUCAAAUUCGCCGAGCUUGAAUACGUUGCCAAGGUUCAAAGCCUCACGGAAGCAUCAUCUAGAUACGAAACUUUAGAAAGUAUCCUUGACUACGAUGUUGAAAACAAAAGUGUGAAAACAGCAGGGAGUUUAUCGCGCAAUUUACGCAGAGUGAGGCAGGGUUUACAUCUGAUGAAGGAUAUAUUUCAGAAUUUUCUGUCUUCCUGUGACAGCUCCUUGAAAGAUGCUGCUUCAAAUGCAUAUGCCAAAGUUUGUGCACCCUAUCAUACAUGGGCUGUCAGGACUGCAGUUUGUGCUGGCAUGUAUGCCCUGCCAACUCGCGACCAACUUCUGGAGAGGAUGAAAGAAAAUGAUGUGUCAGCCGAGCAGGAAAUGAAAAGAUACAUCAAUGCUUUAAAUCCAAUCAUCGACUACAUUGACAAUCUCUACAUUUCAAGAAACAUCACCUUGGAUUGGUAAUGUUCAUCUUUGUUCGACUGGAUCAAUGCCCCUCUUGCUUGGCAAGUAGCAACCACUCUCAAUGUUGAGCAAGAAUAUCUGCUCAUAGAGGUUAGGUUUAGCUUACUUGCGAUUUUUGGAGGUGAUUUCAGCCUAAGUUACUGGGAUUUAGAGAUUGUUAGAGCUAGAUUUGUCCAUAUAUAGUUAAAUUGGCAUAUUUAUAGAUGAAAAUCAUGCCAGAAAAUAGAAAACUACUUCAAACUUUUUUGACAUGAACACAUUCUUACAUUUUCAGAUUGAUUUUGAUCUAAUUGCAGCAUUGAAUAGCCAGGUUAAUUUGAUUGCUCUUGAA